UGAGCUUUUUCAAGGUCCCCCUGAAAUUGAAAUGUCCACUCUUUUACCAUGGUGGCUCAUUGAUCUGAUGUUCAUCUUCAGGGCAGGAUGAAGAGCAUGAGGAUUCUGUCUCUUGCGCUUGGGGCGCUUUGCUGCAUCUUGUUGAUGCUUGAAUGUUCUGAUGGAGCGGUGGCUACUAAAAAAAUUGAAGCUGUAGAUAAAGAUGAUCGAAUCGAAUCUUUGGCCGAGGCCGAAAAAAGGCUAAAAAAACUUGUAAAUUCUGGGUUUAAGCUUGCUCUCCCUUACCUGAUGACAAUUGUAACUGAAACCCGGCUAAGUAGGAAUUGUCUACAAGGACUUCUAAUGCUAGUGAAAGGUGUGAUGGAUAUUAGAGACUGGGCCGUAAAAAUGCUGGACGCUCUGGGAAAGCCAUCUGCUGGCCUCCUGGAAGGGACUGCAACGGCCAUGGGUGACUUUGAUGAAUGUCUGGAUAUUGUGGUACCACGAAGAAUGAGACCAACUCCUGUUCCACCCUACACUGAGAAACAAAUUGCCUUUCAUGGGCAGUAUUGUGUGGUGGAAAUAGAACUGCCAAAAGCCAUUAAAAAAGCAGCAAUGGAUUAUCAAAUUGGAAACAGAAGUAAUUCGGAAUUGGCUAACAGCAAAACGUUCCUUCGAAAUCUGGUUAACAUUGCUCCAAGAGCCGAUGUUGCAGCGUUUCGUAUGGGAGUUUGUAUUCCAUCUCUAUGUACUAUGGAUGACUUGCAACUGAUUAUUAAAGAAGUUUCCAAACUCAUUUUGUUGGAUGCCAGUGCUCUUAGGUGCCAAACAAAGCCGAAGUUACAUUUUGAAGUGGAACAGAUUCUUAUUCUCUGUGUUUAUGGACUGAUAGGAUUGCUAAUCUUUGGCGGAACCGCUUUGGAAGUCUAUUUUCGUUUCACGAAGACAGAACCAAUAGAUGACGUUUAUAUACAAAAAACAAACAAAUGGGUACAAUCCUUGCUUGCGUUCUCUGUUCCCAGAAAUACUCGAAAGUUAUUUUCUCUGACUUCUAUAGAAACCUCAAAAAUUGGUUUCCUCAGAGGAAUGAAAUUUUUCACCAUAUGCUUAUAUCUUUUAAUAUGGACAUAUGCCACACCUGAAGACUAUCAUUUUUUCAAAUUUAGAGAUGCUUUUUCUUUCUUCAAAUUUAUGAAGCAGUGGUGGUUCUCUCUAUUCGCAAACGCCGCAUCUGGUGUCGAUUCACUUUUCUUGAUAGCUGGUUUUCAAGUGGCGUACAAUUAUUGGAAGAACAGCCGCAGCCAAAGAAUAGCUGUUAAAGCUCAUAAGUUUCUAAUUAGGUGGUAUACGAGGUUCGCACUGUUGCAAAUUCUUGUCAUAACGUUACUGCUGUUGUUACCUUUGAUCGCAAGCGGACCUAUUUGGGAUGACAUAGUAGCUCCAGUGAUCAAAAAUUGCAAGCAGCGAUGGUGGCUAAAUCUGUUGGCUCUGAACAACUUUUGGCCUUCUGAUACAACAUGCUUAUCGCACACGUGGAUGAUGUGCUGCAUGUUUCACUUGUUUCUGAUUUCUCCUAUUUUGAUUUUCAUUCUAAGCAGAUCUACAACUGUGGGAGUAUUUGUCAACUGCAUCAUCAUAAUGGGCAGCAGUAUUGCUAUUGCCAUGGUCACUCUUAUGAAUGAUCUACCACCAUCACCAGCAUUUUACUUUUUAAGUUUUGUAAAUAUUAAAUCAAUUUGGCAGAAAGUAUUUAUUCAAGCUUAUGAUCAUGUUGGACCUUUCUGCGUAGGAAUAUUGUUGGGAUUCUUUCUCACACGGUAUGAGAAAGUUAAACUGAGUAAGAUAGCUGUUUGUGUCGGGUGGUUCUUUGCCGCUGGGCUCAGCUUGACUGUAUUAUGUGGAUUGUACGGUUACCACGAUGGUGAAACAAUGGAGAUGACUUUGUCAGCAACUUACGCAUCUGUUCACAGGAGCGUGUGGUCAUUAGGAAUGGCUUGGAUAAUAUUUGCAUGUUAUUACGGUUAUGGAGGUAUCGUCAACACUAUUUUGUCCUGGAAGUAUUUAAUACCACUUGACAGACUUGCUGUCUUAUUUUAUGUACUGCAUCCAUUGAUCUUGUUCCUGCGUGAAGGCCAACUCAGGGAAAAAAUAUACAUGGGACAUUUGGAUCAGGCAGUAUAUGCAACAGCAUACAUCGUUUUUACUGUUGUUCUCUCAGCCAUAUGCUACGUCACUUGCGCGGCACCCUUCAUGUUCUUUGAAAAGAAGUUGUGGUACGAACCAGAACCGACUCCAAUGAUUACAGACACCGAAAAUCCAUCGGAGAAGAUCAAGAGAUGCAUGUCUGAAAAGCCGCAUUCGUCGACUUCCGUUCUAGAUGAACUGGAAAAUCCUAAGCUCAAAGACUGUAUCCGUGACAAAAUAGAGACUCAAAAGAAAAGACUUAAGUUCUUCCGCCAAUCGGUUACAAUAACACCUUGAUAAUGGGACGAGAUAAUGAAUAAAUCUUCUCUGCAAUAAUAAUUAGGGUUCAAAUGUUUGUACAUAGUGUAUAUAAUUCAACUGUUACCUUUUGUUCCUGUUUUUAUAUCACCAUUUAGCAAACCUCGUCUUUUGUAUUAAAAUUUUGUUUUGUAUUUUA